CGCCCCGCCCCCCCCGGCGAUGGUGGCGGGCGCGUUCCCGCUGGCCAAGCUGCUGACCCUGGGCGCGCGCCAGCUCAGCCGCCCCCUGGCGGCGCGCAUCAAGGCGGGGGCGCGCGCCAGCCCCUUCUUCCGCACGUGCAUCUGCCUCCCGCCCGCGCAGCUGUACCACUGGGUGGAGAUGCGCACCAAGAUGCGGUUGAUGGGGUUCCGCGGCGCGGCCGUGAAGCCGCUGAACGAGGACGCGGCGGCGGAGCUGGGAGCGGAGCUGCUGGGCGAGGCCAUCGUGUUCGGCGUGGGGGGGCUCUGCCUGUACCUGGAGUACGCGCGGCAGGCGGGGGCCGCCAGGCGCCGCGAGGAGGAGCAGGCGGCCGCCAUGCGGGACCUGCGCGAGCGCCUGGACCACGUGCAGCGGCAGCUCGAGGCCUUGGGGGGAAACAGCCCCGCUGGACACGCCCCCGGAGGCCAAAACCACGCCCCUUCUGGCGCUAACCACGCCCCUUCUGGCUCUAACCACGCCCCUUCUGGCGCUAACCACGCCCCUUCUGGCGCUAGCCCCGCCCCUUCGGGUGUUAACCCCGCCCCUUCGGGCGCUAACCCCGCCCCUUCGGGUGUUAACCCCGCCCCCUCGGGUGCUGACCCCGCCCCCUCAGGUGCGAACCCCUCCGGGGUGGCCACGCCCAUUAAAGCGUGAUUGGUGCUCACGGGA